UUUUGUUGUUGUUGAUCGAGUUGUAAAAUUAUGUGCAUGGUAUUAAUUAAUUUGUGUGUUUCGUCGUAUUUUGUGACUCUAUUACAGUUUAUAAUAAAGAAAAAUGUUUGCCGUUCCAAAUUUUCAGAAUAUGGACAAUUGUUGCCGAACUUGUUUGAAUUCUUCAUCAAACAUGUACGAUAUUUUUGAAUACCAAGUAGACUCGUAUUUGUAUGAGAUUUUGGAUGUAUGCACAAAUAUAAAGGUGGACCGGCAUGACGCUCUCCCAAAAAAGCUAUGUAGCACCUGCUACGACUGCUUGAUCAAGUUCUACGACUUUCGGAAACAGGCCAAAAAAAUUGACAAAGAUCUUCAACUCCACAUUCAAGAUGCCUCCAAAUUGCCAGAAGAAUUCAUGACAAUAGAAAUCAAACCUGAAACUGAUGAUGAUUCCAGAAACGACUUUGACCACGAUUAUAAUGUGUCAACCGAUCCAAAAAAAGAAUUCCCAUUUAUAUCCCCGGAGGAUGGUUCUAUCAAAUUCCCAUACAACAAAUCUUAUUAUUCACCAUCUCAACAACGUGAUGACGUCAGAUAUUGUUGUGAAUUCUGCAAAAAAACAUUCCGACAACUAGAUAAAUACCGCCUGCAUCUAAAUAAACACAAAUCAAAAACAUAUGUUUGUAAUUUAUGCCUAAAGACCUUUUCACACAAGUACAAAUAUUACAAACACUUAAACGAUACACAUAAGCCUAAACCAAUAAAAACGUUUUUAGAAAUAGACCAAAAUGAUGAAAACCAAAGAGUUGAUUGUGAUACUAUUGCUGAAGGUAUUAAGGCUGUAAAUUCCUUGACUCGUCACCCACUGGGUCAAUCAGAAAACGAUAGUACGGCGUCUGGCAGAGUGCUAUCUUGUUCCCACUGUUCUCAAGUCUUUAACAGAGUCAGCGACCUUGUAAGGCAUGAGUCGGUCAAACAUUUCAACCAAAAUGAGCUGGAGAAGGCUGAGAUAUUUUCACAGAUCGACCAAUCAGAUGAAAACAAAAACUUUGAAUGUGAUAUUUGCCUUGCAAAAUUCAAAUCUGUGAACUCACUCUCAGCUCACAAACGGGUGCACAUUGAUAAAAGUAGGAUCUUGUCCUGUUCAUCAUGUGGGAAAGUUUUCAAGAAAACGAACCAUUUGAAACGUCAUGAGAUGACUCAUGCGAAUCGUCCUUUCAAAUGUAACAUGUGUCCAAAAUCUUUCCUUUCUGAAUCGAUAUUGAAGGAACAUUUGAAUGUGCACUGUAAUUUGAAACCAUACAAUUGCUCUUUAUGCCUGAAGUCAUUCGCUUUCAUAUCGACUCUGAAGAAGCACUUGAAGACUCAUACAAGAGAAAGGGGGUACAUGUGUGCGAUGUGUGGAAAGACAUUCGAUUCCAGCUCAAACCUAAAUCAACAUAUGAAGAGACAUAUUGGAUUGAAGUUGUUCUCUUGCAGUUUAUGCCCACAAACGUUUGUGAGCAAAGGAGAACUGAAAUCCCACAAUAUCACUCACACUGGCGAGCGCCCGUAUUCCUGCGACCAGUGCGGCGCGACCUUUGCCAAGCGCAACUCGCUCAGCAAGCAUAUGCUGGUCCACCUGGGCAUCAGACCUCACCGGUGUGAAACCUGCUCCAUGAGAUUCUCAAGCAAAGACCACUUGAAGCGUCAUAUCCGCAUCCACACUGGUGAGAAGCCGUACCGUUGCGAUAUGUGUGACCGCGCCUUUACGCAGAGCAACGACUUGGUCAAACAUCGCCGGGCCCAUUUGGGUGAUAAACUUUACAGGUGCAGCGAAUGCUCAGAAAGCUUUCGCUUGAAGACUGAACUUCGUCAACACAUAUCGGAACACUUCAUAUCGUCAAGGCUUCAAGCUCUGACCGUUAACAAAAUUCCCACCCCCACAGACAACAUAGAGAACGGUGAGCAAACUAACAACAAUGAUGUGCAGAUAGAAGACAGAGAAGCUAUGGAGAAUGUAAGCAAUGCCAUGGAGAAUGUAGGCAAUGCCAUGGAGAAUGUAAGCAAUGUCGUGGAGAAUCCGAACAAUGUUGUGAAUAUGAUGGAAGAUGUGCAAAAUCCGAAUAUUCCCAACAAUGGAACUAUUGAACAGUAAGUGUGAUAAUGAUACGUUACAUAUUGGAAAUUGCACACUAUACUCGGCGCAGACAUGUGGCAGACGGUGCAAUAAAGACAGCGCAUAAGACGUUUUCUCUCGCACUUACACUGGUUAUGGGCACGGUAAUACUAUCUAUACAGUAUUCCAACUCGGCCAUAUUUCUUAAAUAAAUGUCAACAGC